UGUAUUAUCUGUGUCAACUGUCAAUCUGUCAUUCUUUUUUCGUGCGAGGCAAACUAAAGCACGCGUUCCUGGAUUUUUCGAUUCUAAACGUUAAAAAUCCUGUUUUAACAUGCCGAAAAGUAAACGUGAGAAAAUUAAAUCCUAUCGUCGAAAAUUACGCCGCCUGGAGGAAGAAGAAAAACACCAUAAAAAACGACGUCGGAUUGUGUACUCAUCCUCAGACGAAACUUCGGAUAAUGAGCCACAUGGUCAAAGUGAGAUUGAGGGCGAACCCGACAGGACCUCACAUGACGAAGCCGGCGCGCUUGGAGAGACUCCGUCCAAUUAUGCACCUGUGUCUGAUUGCGGUACAGAACCAACCGCACCCGAAGUGGCCAUCAAUGGAAACACAGACCCCAUACAGAGUAUGAUUCCGGAGCUGGAUCCAGACAUCCUGUCUGCUUUAGGAGAAACAACUGAGGAGACACCCAAGUUUGGAGAAAAGAUUCACGACAAGCUGGCUCAGCUUUGGCAGCCUAUUCUGCGGAAAGGCUUAACAAAAGAAGUUAAAGAGAAAUUGAUAAAACAAUUUGCAGUGCCUGAGAACUGUCCGCUACUACAAGCCCCUAAAUUAAACCCAGAGCUGUUGGCUGCGGUAAGCGAACCUACUAGGUUCAAAGACAAAAGAGUAGAACAGGUACAACAACAGCUGGGGCUAGGGCUAACAGCUCUUAAUAAGGGAUUAUCCUUACUAUUAGAACCUGAUGGUGAAAGGGUGUUAGCAAUAAAACAUCUAAGUGACAGCUGCCGCAUACUGUGUGACUUACAUUUCUUGGAAACUGAGGCCCGAAAACGAUUUAUAACACCAGGUUUAGAAAAGACGUUCUUAUCUAUAAUCAAAGACGUGGAGAGAGAUGAUACCCUGUUUGGAAAUGGCCUCUCAAACAAGAUCAAAGCCUCCAAGGCUAUUGAGAAGCAGGGCUUCCAAAUAAAGAAGGCUGUCCCAACUACAAAGGCAGUAACUGCAUCUCCUACCCCGGCGAGCAAUAACCGCCCUCGGUUUCAGGGAAACUGGAUGGGCCCUCCUCGAUACUCUUCCAACAGGGGUGGGAGAGGGGGGCAGAGGAAGCCGGCCCAAGCUCCAAGGAGGACGACCCAUGCUGCUCAAUCAAAAGCACCACCAUCGAGCAGACAACAUGCCCCGUCGCACCAUCCAUAGAGGUACAUGCAGGUCGAAUUAGACAUUUUUAUAAUUGCUGGCUUAAAAUUACAGAAAAUAAGGAAGUUCUUAGAUGGAUUAGAGAUGGUUU